AUUGACGAUCAGCUUAAGUACAACAAGCAAGUCUUGUAGCAUGUGUAAACAGUUUCUCAUCAACCUGCGAUAAACUGGGGGUCAUGUUGUGACCAUCCUCUAUCCCCAUGUCAUGGCUGGAUGUGCGCUGGUACAGUUGAACUAGGUGACAAGAGCUAAUGUCAAUGUACUCUAUGUUUGUGUUUAGACUGGAACAGGCGGGCUCCUGAUCAUAGAUUUGUGUUUAGACUGGAACUGGCGGGUUUUAUUGUAAGGUAAGAAUCAAUGAUUUCAUCCUAUCAAGCUUUGCACACAUUUAACGACUCACGGGAUAAUAUUAUGAACAGGAAAAAUCAAUAUAAUUUCUCUCAUCUUUUCCUUUGCUUUUUUGUGCCUAUUAUGUAGCGUAGCUUUAACAACUAUUAUUGUAGAAACUUAAGGCUGUGACUUACUACAGCGGGGUUCCGAGCACCCCAUCCUUUCAUAGACAAAUAUUGCACCCCAUGUUUUCAUGUGAAAAUAUUGCACUCCAUGAUUUCAUAGGCAAGUAAUGCACCCCAUGCUUUCAUAGGCAAAUAUUGCACCACAUGAUUUCAUGGGCAAAUAUUGCACCCCAUGUUUUCAUGGGCAAGUAUUGCACCCCAUGCUUUCAUGGGCAAGUAUUGCACCCCAUCAUCAACUUGCAAAAGUCUGUUGUUUUUUUUUUCAAUUUAAGACUAAAUUUUAAAUAUACACAUACAUUUAAACCGUUUGAAACGUAAAGAAUAUAUUUCUUAAUGAAAGUAAAAAUCCAUUUAUAUAAUAUAAGAUGAUUUGAUUUGUUCCACAUAAAUACACGACAUGUUACAUGGGUUUUCAUUACACAGUAAACAAUCGUUAAAAUCAUUUUGAUAAAAAAUUAAGUAGCACAUUUUAACUAGAACAUUUUAAGCUAGAACUUUUUAAACUAGAACAUUUUAAAUCUCCUUCCCGUAUUCACAAUAUUGAGCUUAAGAAUUAUGAUUUAGUUUAUAAUAACAGUCGGGCAACGCGGGCACGGGUCACUGUGCAUCUAUAUCAAUGCGCUCGUGAAUUGCGACCGCUUGAGAACCUGUGUACUAUACAGAGCUACCGAGUUUAAUCAUUCAGCGCAGUCAACUAGAUUUUACAGGUCCUGGAGUUAGUGACCAUUUGUGACAAUCUGUGACCAAUUUGUGACAAUCUGUGACUUGCUGAAUUUUUUAAAAAAAUUUUGUACCGGAUAUCUCUUCUCGGGAUGGGAGGCUUUCCCGGGAAGUCUUUUUUAAAUACUAAAUAUCGUGCGGGGUACCACUUGAGAAACCCUAGUCACGACCCACAAGUUGAGAACCAUUGGCUAUGAAACAUAACCAGCAGUAGAGAAAUCAGCAUCUAUGAAGAAAAUUUAUUUGUCUGUAAUCGGAGCAGUCAAGGUGCGCCUUGAUUAAAUCCCGCCUAAAUAUAGCUCCAAAAUGUGCGCCCCAAACACACACAUACGAUCAUCGUAUACAAUUAUAUAUGUAUAACAUCAAACCACGAGUGCUAAAAGAAUUGGCAAAUGAAAUCGCUCCUGCAAUAACAAUCCUAUUCCAAUCGUCGCUAUUCACAGGCAACGUUCCAACUGACUGGAGAACAGCGCAUGUCACUCCUAGCUACAAAAAAGGAGAGCAUUACGACCAUGCCAACUACCGCCCUGUAUCUCUCACUAGCGUAGUAUGUAAACUAUUGGAGCACAUAAUCGUUAGCGCGGUCAUGAAUCACCUGGAAAGACACAAUAUACUCAAUGACUGUCAGCAUGGCUUUCGAGUCAAUAGAUCAUGCGAGACCCAACUCCUUGACUUUGCUGAAGAAUUGACGACCAACUUGGAGAACAGCAAGCAAGCUGAUGUGCUUGUGCUGGACUUUUCAAAAGCGUUUGACCGUGUCAACCAUAGCUUGCUAUUGCACAAACUGCAUAGAUAUGGGAUUCAAGGCACUACAAAAACAUGGAUCUUUAGCUUUCUCAGCGACCGAUGCCAGGCAGUAGUGGUAGAUGGCAAAACCUCCUCCUUAGUCGGUGUUAAGUCAGGGGUCCCCCAGGGCUCAGUGCUAGGCCCCUGUUUGUUCCUAGCAUAUAUCAAUGACCUGCCCGAGAAGCUGACCUCUGAAGCAAGACUGUUCGCAGAUGACACGGCGGUAUAUAGGACGAUCGUCAACAGUUCUGACCAGAGCCAUAGCUUCAACAAGACCUCAAUCGGUUAGCUGAGCGUGAGAUGAGCUGUGACAUGGAAUUUCAUCCCGUCAAGUGCCAGACCCUGUCAGUGUUCAGAAGCAGAUCCCCUCUAAACCACUCUUACGAAUUGCAUGGCCAUAUUCUUGAGCAAGUUUCCUCCGUAAAGCACUUGGGUGUUACCAUUCAAAGAGAGGUCCGCUGGGACGAGCACAUUAACAGUGUGUGCAACCGGGCAAACAAGACCCUGGGGUUCCUAAGGCGCAAUCUGAAGAUCGGAAACUCAAGCGUGAAAGAAAAAGCCUAUAAAGCCUUUGUCCGACCUAUUUUAGAGUACGCUUCUACUGUCUGGGACCCAUUUACCCAGAAAAGCAUCGACAGGUUGGAGGCUGUUCAGCGACGAGCAGCACGCUUUGUCCUGAACCGCUACAGAAACACCACAAGUGUUGGCAGCAUGCUAGAAACACUGGGCUGGUUAACAUUGGAAGAGCGACGACGACUAUCCAGGCUCACCAUGUUGUACAAGAUAAAAAAUGGGCUGGUCCACUGCUCCGGCAUCAAACAGAAACUCGUCCAUCUUCCUCCUAGACAGCGAAGAGGCCACGACUGGCAGUGCCGGCUGAUAAAAACAAGAACUCAGUACAGGAGCUCCUCAUUCCUGCCAAAGACAAUAAGGGACUGGAACAAGCUUCCAAAAGCAACAGUUGAGGCGGCUACACUCGACGCAUUUGUGUCUGUUGCUUCCUGUAUUCCAACCCCCAGCUCAUAACACCACUGCUGAGUAGCCCUUGCAACCAGUGAAGUAGUCCCUUGAAAACCAUGCACAGUAACAUCGUGAACCCCUCUGAAAUAUAGGAGCCAGAAUGAUCGUGGGCCCAUAUCCACUUAGCACCCACUUGUUUACGCUCAUGAAUGGAAGAUCUUUGUUUCCCACAGGGACAUUCAGAUGCACACUUGGAUACGACCAGAUGAACGAACACAGAGUCAGAUCAGAUCGAUAAAAAAUCACCAUUGGGAAAAUUGGUGCUCCCUGCCAGGAGUCCCGGUGGGGGGGGGGAGGGCGGGGGAUGCGGCCAACUGAUAUCAAAUGUACUCACAGCCUCUUAGUGGCAAGGCUAAACCUCGGGAAGCCAAGGAUUGGUCGCUCCAGGAGCAGGAAGCAACGACUUGACAUUGUGAACCUGAAAACCCCACAAUACAAGAGACUAAGUGAGAUUUUUGUUUAUGUCCUAAAAACAGAGAGACGACAUCAACAGUCAUUGUUGGAGUAGAGACGGGGGGGGGGGGAACGAGGAAAAUAGAACAACAAGACGGACUGUGGAUAUCGGAUAAAACAAGUCUGGCCGGGGGGAUUUUAAGAUUUCUACAAUACAAGAGACUAAGUGAGAUUUUUGUUUAUGUCCUAAAAACAGAGAGACGACAUCAACAGUCAUUGUUGGAGUAGAGACGGGGGGGGGGGGAGAACGAGGAAAAUAGAACAACAAGACGGACUGUGGAUAUCGGAUAAAACAAGUCUGGCCGAGUGGAUUUUAAGAUUUCUCAUCAGGGAUCCCUGGUUAAUGUUCGGUCAAUAAAUAGUUUCACGAGAAAUUCUUCAAAGAACUUGAAAAUCCCAGGGACUAAGUUUUUUUGUACACUAUCUAUGUUUUCAUUUCUUUUAUUUGAAAAGUUUGAGCUGCUCACAAAGUGUCGCUACAUGCCGGGACUUGCGCAAAUCUCAUUUGCCGCACUUUAUUUUCAAGGCGCAACCCGCAGCGGCGGGGCGAGGGUUAGUGCGGCCCGGGGUGGCCCGAGAUUGUGCACCCCUCUCCCUUCUUCUAUUUUAAUUAGAAGCUAUCACCUGACACGUCGUUAUGUAAAAAAAGUUGGCAUUUCAAUAAACUAACGUGCAUUUCUGAAUUUAAAUGUUGGCGAAUUAGAAUGUUGAGGAAGACUACCAUAGUCUUAGUGGAGAGAAGGCGCGGGAAAGGGGCUGGGGGGUGGUAGAGAAAUGGUAAGCAUCUCUGUCACUUGGGAGAGUUUUUGUAAAAUAAACGGCCCAAGCUUUAAAAAAACAAAAAAGAAGAAAACAUGACUGAAUCCAAACAUGCGCCCACGGUCAACAAACCUUUCCACCUGUCCCACUUUCUUCGACACCCCAGCCCCUCCCCAGGAGUGUGACGUACUUCACGAACGUUGACAUAACUUAACAGGAAUCAGCAAGAAACCCUUGAAAAAAUAUCUAAAUCCAGUCCACUUCAUAUCGUAAUUUCUUCUAAACAAUUGUAUAGCCAAAGAAUUACGUCAAUCGAAACUGAUGAAUUUUUUAGGACAAAAAUUAGGUAAACAGCACACACAUUAUAAACCUUCCCAAGCCCCUGCACUCAAUGGUGUGAGACCCUAUUACAUAGUUAAGUUGUUGGCGAACUGGGGUAAAUUACCCAAAUGGCGGGAAAAUAAACAUCUUCGGGGUAAUGUGGGCUCAACAGACAGACAUAAAAUUAUAUUUGAAGUGUGUUUUUUUUUAUUUUACAAUUUUUUUUUCUUCUGCAAAUAAAGCAUAUGGCGGCAAUAGGGCUAACGCAUCCAAUAACUUGUGGCUACUAAUGGUUCGGUAGCCAGCCUUUACGUCGCGUCUUUUAAACGCAAUUUUUGUCUAGUCAUCUAUUUUACCGCAUGCUCAGUAGCGUUACUAGAUUUGUCUCUACCCAGUUGGUAAAAUCAUGGCGUCACCCCAUCAAGACUUCUCCAUGGACCUCCUCCGAGUGCUUUGGUGUCACCCUGCUUAUACAGCAACCUGCUCUGGUGGUACCCUCCUCUGGUGAUGGGUGUCACCCUGCUCUUAUAGCAACCCGUUCUGGGGGCACCCUACUCUGGUGAUGGGUGUCACCCUGCUCUUAUAGCAACCCGUUCUGAUGGUACACUAAUCUGGUGAUGGGUGUCACCCUGCUCUUAUAGCAACCCGUUCUGGUGGUACACUAAUCUGGUGAUGGGUGUCCCGCUGCUCUUAUAGCAACCCGUUCUGGUGGUACCCUACUCUGGUGAUGGGUGUCACCCUGCUCUGAUAGCAACCCGUUCUGGUGGUACACUAAUCUGGUGAUGGGUGUCACGCUGCUCUUAUAGCAACCCGUUCUGGUGGUACACUAAUCUGGUGAUGGGUGUCACGCUGCUCUUAUAGCAACCCGUUCUGGUGGUACCCUACUCUGGUGAUCGGUGUCACCCUGCUCUUAUAGCAACCCGUUCUGGUGGUACACUAAUCUGGUGAUGGGUGUCACGCUGCUCUUAUAGCAACCCGUUCUGGUGGUACACUAAUCUGGUGAUGGGUGUCACGCUACUCUUAUAGCAACCCGUUCUGGUGGUACACUACUCUGGUGAUGGGUGUCACCCUGCUCUUAUAGCAACCCGUUCUGGUGGUACACUAAUCUGGUGAUGGGUGUCACCCUGCUCUUAUAGCAACCCGUUCUGGUGGUAUACUUAUCUGGUGAUGGGUGUCACCCUGCUCUUAUAGCAACCCGUUCUGGUGGUACACUAAUCUGGUGAUGGGUGUCACCCUGCUCUUAUAGCAACCCGUUCUGGUGGUACACUACUCUGGUGAUCGGUGUCACCCUGCUCUUAUAGCAACCCGUUCUGGUGGUACACUACUCUGGUGAUGGGUGUCACGCUACUCUUAUAGCAACCUGUUAUGGUGGUACACUAAUCUGGUGAUGGGUGUCACGCUACUCUUAUAGCAACCCGUUCUGGUGGUACACUACUCUGGUGAUGGGUGUCACCCUGCUCUUAUAGCAACCUGUUCUGAUGGUACACUACUCUGGGGGUAGGUGGCACCUUGCACUUGCAUCAAAAUUAGAUGUAUUAUGAAACAGACUUGCUCAGGCCGUGUCAGAUUCAAUAAUCUCAUUUAUUGGUGUCAUCCCCCAGUAGUGAGACUGUAUCCCCCUGUGAGGGAGUCAUCCCCAUGUAAAGGUGUAUCCCUCUUUGAGGGUGUCAUGUGCGUCCGCCCUCACCACCAUUCCCCAGUGACGCCACUGUUUGUGCUCAGAACGUUACGAGUUGCUAGUGUUUUCCAAAUGGCUCACGAGGAGACAUUCAAAAUGUGGCUGCCUUUUGUAACGACCUUUGACCUUUGCUAACAAGUUCAGAUUCAAACUCCCCUUAUCAGAUAUCAUUGAAUAAAAGUGCAUAAUUGCUCCGAAAUUUAAAGCGAAUAUUUUUUUUCCUAAAGAAAUCAUUUUGUUCCACAAUAAGGAGUUUAUUAAUUUGUUGUUGUUUUUUUUCCAUUUAGGGGGCGUCCAUUAAUUACGUCAACAAAAUAGGGGGGGGGAGGGUUUGGAAAUGUUUGACAGUUGUUGACAAGGGGGAGGAAGGUGUUUAGAUUAGUUGACGUAAACAAUCACAUUUUCUCUAUUAAAAUUUUAAUCAUAAAUUGACUGGUUAUUACAUUAUAUAUAUUUUUUUUUUUAAUUUAUAAGUGUAAAUAAGUGUAAACAGUCAUAUAAUUUUUAGGCUUUUAGUUUUAACAAUAAAAGAUGUAUUUAAUGUGUGUCUGUACACUGCAGAUGGCUGGUCAGAAUGUUAGCACACUUUGUUAGUGAAAGAGAAGUUAAACGUUGGCCUCUCUUCAUCUGAAGACUCUGUUGCAGGUAUGGAACAAGGUCAAGGUUCCAAUGUCAUAUGCAGUCAAGAUAAAUGAUAUUGAUCGAGUAGGAAUACGAUAUUUUGAGAACGAAGUGGCUAUUGGUACCCGGGUACCAGAAUUGCGAGGUUGGGAUUAAAAUACUAUUAACAAUUUUAUCGUUUGGUAUGUAAGAAUUAAAUGAGGUAUCAAAUGAAAGAUAAUUGAAUAGACUAUAUGUUUGUAAACUUAAUUCUUCAGUUUAACUAAAAUAAACUACCACAAAUGACAUCCGAAUAGCACCGAGUCAAAAUGGACCCAGACACGCAACGCCACCAUUAGCACCCAGGUACCAUUAGACUCAAGCUAUUCGGAUGUCAUUUGUGGUAGUUUAUUUUAGCUAAACUGAAGAAGUAAGCUUACAGACACUUAGUGCAUUCAAUUAUCAUUCAGUUGAUACCUCAAUUUGUCUUACAAACCCAACAAUAAUAUUUUAAAUAGUUUUUUUUAAUCCUAACCUCUCACUUCUGGUACCCGGGUACCAAUAGUCGCAGCCUUUUAAGAAUUAGGAGAAAGUAAAGUGGGUAACAAUAAUAACAUCGCUGCUUGAACGGAUUUGUAAAAUAUGUAACAUCUAUUUUGAAUCACAAGUCAUGUUGAAAAAGCAUGUUCAACAGCACCGACAAUGCCCUCUUCAGCAGAAGAAAUUACCACCUGCUACUCAACAAAAAAAAAAAAAAAGGAUUUAACCAAUGCGAGUAGUUGUCAGUAGAGAGUUUAUGGCAAUUAUUGCUCACACCGACAAUGCUUCUAUUUUAAGUGCUGAAUGGGGUUAGAUGAGGAUGAUUUGACUUGUCUAAUAUAUCAGUGCCGCAAAAUGAUCAAUCAGUUGCUAUAGACUAUACCCAUCAGGGGCUUCAUUUCAUUUUUUUCCAGGGGGGGGGGGGGCAAAACCAAAAUUUGGUCGGCUCGUUAAGUUGUUUAUUACUGGAGGCGUACAGUACAUAGCAAUUUCAAUAAAACCUCCAAAUAAGGGGGUGGGGCCAAAUGCCCCCCUCCCCUACCCAAAUGAUGUCCCUGAUCCCCUUUUUUACUGGGGGGGGGGGGGCAAAACCAAAAUUUGGUCGGCUCGUUAAGUUGUUUAUUACUGGAGGCGUACAGUACAUAGCAAUUUCAAUAAAACCUCCAAAUAAGGGGGUGGGGCCAAAUGCCCCCCUGCCCUACCCAAAUGAUGUCCCUGAUGCCCUUUUUUACAUAGAGCGAACCUGGCUACUUCUUGGGAAGGUGAUAGCAGCUAGAAACUAUACUAUCAUUGUCAGCUUUACUGACAAUAAUCAUAUUUAUACCACAAACAAUGAUAUUUAGUCUUCAACAACUUUUCAAUUGAUUCUGCAUUAUAAAAUUUAAAUGUAAAAACUUGUUGAUUAACAAGCUAAAUGUGUACUAAAAUGUUUUUCCCACAAUUUUGUCAUUAAAAAUGAUCAGCACAAAGUAAAAUGUAUUUAUAUAUUUAUUUAUUUUAUAAUUCUUUUUUUUUUUUUUGGUGGGGGGGGGCAUAAAAAAUGUUGACAUAAUUAAUAGGGGGGGGGGUCAAAAAUUGCUUAAAAUUGAUGAUGUAAUUAAUGGACGCCCUUUAAUAUUUCUUAAUUUUCAAGCAAAAAAGAUUAAACAUUAUCAUUAGGCUUUAUUUCUUAGUGGUACGGAUAUUUUGAUAUUAGAAAUAAUGAAUUGUUUUUCCUACAAUUUGUGUCAUUAAUAUAGAUCAACACAAAGUAAAAUGUAUUUAUAAAUUUAUUUAUAAUAUAAUUCCUUUUUGUUUUUUUUAAUUUUUUUAUUUUUUUUUUUUUGUAAUUAUAUGAUGGGUUGUUGAAAGUUUGACAGUUGGGUCCAUCCAUCAAGUACGUCCCGCUAUUUUUGACCAUUUUUACCCCCCCCCCCUGUCACAAACUGUCACAAAUCUCGGACCCCACUCCCCCCUAAAAUACGUCACACUUUCGAACAAUUUUUUAAAAAAAAUUAACACCUAAUAAAUUUAAUAUAAAAACACACUUCACUAUUAAACUGUACCAAAAUAUAAAAUUUCCACUUAAUUUCAACUAUCACAUUAUUAAAAUGACUUUAACAGUAGAAUAGUUAAUUGUCAACAGUUGUCACAGUCAUUCAUUGAAGCAGUAACUCAAUCUAGAUUGAAUUGGAAAACAAAAAUUGCAAAAAUUAGACUAGACAUUUAACACAUUAUUUUUUUUCAUUUACAAUAGUUGAGGUCAAGUUUUAGAUAAUCUUCCGAUUAUGCAAUCUUUUUACACAGGUUAAGAAGUACAUUAGCGAAACUUGACCUCACCCAGUGAUUAAAUAAUAAAAAGGACAGUGACAUAAUUAUGCAGCGGACAACAUAGAAAUAAUAAUACUUCAGGAAAGACGAAAGCAAGGCUAUACAUAAAACAAGGUUUCGCAAUAGCAUACUAGCGCUCCUGGCGAGAGGAAUCGUGAACAACACAUUCAGGAGAUUCGCAUUUCAUGCUAUUUUGACAUAAAACUAAUUCAAAUGAUACACAAAAUUUUUGAAAAUUAUUUUUAAAGCUAUUCAAUUCCACUAAAAAAAUAAAUAAUUAAUUAGAAAAAUUUUAAAAAUAAAAAAAUGUGUGACGUCACACAUGGCUGGACCCCCCUCCCCCCUGUGUCAAACUGUCACACUUUCUUACACCCCCUCCCCCCCCUCUGGCGCGUGCCGUACUUUAUGGACGGCCCCGUUGUUGACAAGGUGGGGCGGGGGGGGGGUAAAAAAUUGCCUUCAAAUUGUUGCCGUAAUUAAUGGACGACCCCUUAUUAUUUUAUUAUUUAUAAUUGUUAUUUCUCUAUAAAUAGAUUUAAUUUUAAAAAGUUGAUUUUUAUUAGUCUAUGAUUUUCUUCCUUUCAAAUUGCAGUAAGGUAGGUGUAAAAAAAAAAAAAAAUUCGACAACCCCGGCUUUAGAAGAUGCAGCUAUUAUAAUGGCCCUUUGGUCUGUGGCCCUUUGGGCGGGAGCCCUUUUGUCGGAGACCUUCCUGACAUCGUCGGGGCCAUAGUGUCGGGGGCGGCCAUAGUGUCGGGGGCCAUAGUGUCGGUGGCCCUUUUUUCGGUGGCCCUUUUGUAAGGGCUGAUUUGUUGGGCCGAAUUGUCAAAGCUGAUUCGUGGCGGGUAGUUUUUUUGGCGACACAUUCUCACUCAUCUCCGGUUUCGACUGUAAACAAAGCCAGGACUGGGAUUAACCAGCCUCACACUAGUCACCCCCACCCACGCUGGAGCCACUGAAAACAACCAGCUCCUUAUAGCAACAAAGCACAUCCACCCCCCCCCCCCCCCCCCCAUCACACACUUACACAAAUGGGUCGUCCGUUAGCGUGGAUUCCAGUUAAUAUAAUUAUAUGCAACAAGAAAACAUACCUCAGCCCAGGGGUGGGCUGGGGAGUUCAAGCGGCCCGGGAAAAAAAAACAAAAAGCGGCCCUAUCUUCAAGACUUUUAUUUUUAUUAUAUCACCGGUCCUAGCGGCCCAUCGAGAAUCUUCCCGGUGUCCCGGCGGCCCAGUCCACCCCUGCCUCAGCCCAAUAAAUUAAUUGCCUAUGAGGAAUUUGACGUUUAAAUACUUGAUGCAUGUCUUAUAUAAUAUAUUACCACACUGGGAUGGCAGUAUUGAAAAUAUAAUUCCGUAUCCGAGAUGACACUAACAGUGAAGUUUAUGCUUUACCCACCAAUUACCACGACUAAUGAAGUCGCCUAAACUAAAAAUCUAAAACAUGACGGUAUGACAUUUUUUACUGGCAUCCGUCCGUCACAAUGUGACGAUGGUGUGGACUUCGCAGGACGAAACCCACACCUGGGAUUAUUCUUUUUCGGAUUAUAAGCUGGUUCCGAAAACAGCAAAUCGCCUCUCCCCACCCCGCUGGAUAACCCAAGGGAACAUUAUGCGGAUGAUACACUUGGCACCAGUAAGAGUUGUUGGAAUGUUUCAUUGUGUCAAUGUCAUGUUAUCCGACAUUUGACAUUGUUGUAAUUUUGUAAAUUUAAAAUUUAUAUUAACAGCGUAAAAAACAAGUGACGUUAAUUAUUAAAUCAUCCCUUUAUUAACUGUAUAAAAAGUAAUUAAAGAUUGCAAGUUUGGGACUGUAAAAUAUGAGACGCGGCGUAAUUCCUCUAGGCAAAAUAGGAGUCAAAGCGCGCUAACACCUUGUCAAAUAGCUUACGAAUUAGUAUAGAGGACACGGCACAGGUAACAAACACUCCCAAACUGUCAUGGCGGAGGAGUGACACUAGUGUGUUGUCAAAUUGUUAGGGUGUUGUUUUGAAGCGGAAUUCGGCACUCCUUUCAUGAUAAAAACACACAUCUUAAUUUUAAAGUAAUAUGGUGUCCUUAAAACUGGAGUGUUUAUUUUAAAUCUUGUGUGAUUAAAUGUGUUUUAUAACUAAUAAUAUUGUUUAUCUGACAGACAGACUGAUUCAUUCAUUGAUGAAAUCAUUGAAUUGCUUGUAUUUUACGUAGACUACUAACAAUCAUAGUUUUUAUAUGCCUACUAAUACUUACUACUAGUCUUACUAGUAGCUAUUUAGCUAUUUAUUUUUGGAGUGUAAACUAUUAUUACUAAAGGUACAUAUUGUCAAUUUUUAAUUGAAAUUAUUGUAUAUGGACGUACGUGUUGGCUCUUCCUUACACUUACACUAACAAAUAACAUACUACUUUUGCUAUUUUAAGUAUUUAAGUGUCUGGUAAGUUGGAAAAUAGCAUACUAAUACUAAUUCUAAAAAGACCAGGGUCUCAUAAUUAAAUAGUUCAUUGAUAAUAGUCAUAGACACACAUUAAAUUAAAUUUAAAAAACUGACUAAUUUUGUUGUUGUUUCCCAGGGUCACAUGACAUAGGCACAGACGAAAACAUUCUGAGAAAAAUUGCACCAGUUGCAAGAACUGACUGAAACAAUGCCAAAAAGUCAAAACACAAAUGCUGGGCAAUGUGAGGUAUCAUGUAAGUGUCUCAGUAUCAUAUGGGCAAUUUGAGGUAUCAUGUGAGUGUCUCAGUAUCAAAUAGAAAUGUGAGGUAUCAUGUGAGUGUCUCAGUAUCAAAUGGGCAAUGCAAAAUAUCCUGAGAGUCUUAGUUUUAUUUCUACAGGUGGAAUUUAAAUAUGUAAGUUAAGACAAUGUUUGUCCUGCUUGCCGCAGUCUAUCCUACUUGCCUCAUUUACUCAGUCUAUCCUACUUGGACCCGAUAAGAUGAUGUAUAUCCUGAGUUUAGAGUCAAUAAACCAGUAGAAAUGAUGAACGUAUCUCUUAUUUACCAUAAUUCUAAAAUAGCUCUCACUUUUUAAGAUAGUUUUUGACAACCUUCAGUGAGUGUCACUUUGGAAAAUUCUCACAACUAUGGUAUUCUCCAAAUACUGGUCAAUAAUCAUUCACUCUAUGCCCACCUUGUAUUCUCCAAAUACUGGUCAGUAGACAAUCACUCUAUGACCACCUUGUAUGAAUAGAGUUUUUAACAAUGGCUGAACCUUUCAUUGUCUAAGAUUGAUUGAAGGUGAGUUUUAUUCUCCCAACCAUUCUGUUCUCACUUGUCUUUGAUGAGCUCAUGUGAAAAACAACUCAUUGGAUGCUGACCUCAGUGUUUGUGGACCUGACUAUUUUGAUGACAUAGAAUUUUAGAAUUGCUAUCCAGCAACUGACAAAAUGCCAAAGAAAAGACCAGUAGAAGCUAUGUGAUGCUCAAUUUUCACAGGCUUUACAUUGAAUUCAGGAAAACACAGGUCAUGAGUGGAGGAUGAAAUCACUGCAGAUGAGCUCACUUAAAAGUUGUAACAGAGUUUGAGCUUUGUGAUAUUAGAAAAUAAGUAAUGAGUUUUAUUUUUUGUUUCUCUCAGAAAUCCACUGUUAUAUCAUGUAAAACUAAUUGAUCUUUUCAAGAGUAAAAUAUCAUUUUAAAAAAUUUUUUUUUUUCAAAGUGCAUUUAUGUAAAAACAUCUGUAUUAUCACAUAGCUAAAAAUAAUGUUCAUCUUCUGUUAGUAUUAACUAUAACUUGAAAGGGUUUAAAGUGUUUCCACCAUCCUCGUUAGGCUUUUCCUCAGUCUUAAACCAUGUGAAGGUCCUGUGACAAAGUGUUAGCAUUGUCUAACUCACAACCAAGUGGUACCAGGUGCUAUGGUCAAAUAGCUAGGAUGUCUGCUGCUAUGGUCAAAUAGCUGGAAUGAAGUCAUUAGCUCAAUAAGACAUAUAUUCUUGAAUUUUCAUUCAAGCUGUCAAAAUACGUUCUUGAUAUUUCUUUCCCAUGGGUUGAAUGCAGUGCCUGCUCUGUACUGUAUUACUGGUUAGGAGGAAACAUUUCUUUAUUUUGAAGUACUGGCCCAUCUUAGCACAAACCAUGAUUCUGCUCAAAAUGUUAGCUGAUAAGUUACAGCCUAACAACCAACAACUGAAAUUAUAAUUUUUUAGAAGAAAGGCUCUUAAGCAUUCCAGUAGUUCAUACAUCUGUCAAUAAGCCACUCAACAGGUUUCUUGCUGACAAUGACCACAAUUGUUACUCUACUGUUGGUUUAGUGAAGUGGUUUGAGAUUUAUUAUUCAUACAGGUUUGUGAUUUACACUGCAUAAUUAUUACAACAAAUUAAUUAAUAGCAUUGCUACCAACCCUAGGAGUGAAUAUGAGUUACUUACAUAUUUCUAGCUCCACCCCCACUCCCUUGACCCAACAAAAUAAGAAUGCAGUUUUUAGCAGUGAGCUGCAACUAACUUAUCAGUAUCAUAAACACAUUGCCUUCACCUGUGCAAGCCAGAAAUUACUGGGGGGGGGGGGGGGGGGGGAAUUUCAAACCCAGUGAUGCUCCUUUGAGACAUAAAAAUUACUUGCUACUGACACCAUAUUUUUUAACUAUUGUUAAAGGAGAAUUUUUUCAUAUAGUUCUUGAUUAACAUUGCUGUCAAACAUAAAAAUAUAAGGCGGAAAAAAAUAUAUAUAAUUUAAAUAUUUACAUUGUAAGGACAUAAUGAAUAAUUUGUCUGUUACUAAUCAUCACUUUACAGCCACAUAUAAAGAAUAUAUUACUAGCAACCUGGACAGCUUAAGAGCAAAAUGUUCAAAUCUCACAGAAUGCCUAGACAAACUUUUAACCGAGGAGAGUAGUUUUGUAGUACUCCAAGGAGAGAACAUAAGUCUCAAUAAGACUUGUGGGUAGGUUGUUUUUAUUUUUUUUUUAUCUAAAAAAUAUUCUUAAUACUCUAUUUUAAUCAAUAUCAAUUACUUCUAGUUAGUAGGAGGAUGAAUUGGAACUAUUUUGAUAUUUUUAGCCUUAAAAAGUUUCAAAUUAAUAAUACAUGUUUAUCUACAAGUAUCUAUAAAACAAAAUGUUGCUCAUAAAUCUUAUUUUAAGGACAAUAAAAAUUUUGAAUGUUGAUUUUCAGUCCUUUCAUUUUUUUUAAUGUUGGUUGGGGUGAUGAAAUAUUAACAAUAACAUUGAUAAAUUUAGGGACUUGAAUUUGAUUAUACAUGUUUUAUUUUUUCCCCCAGCCUAAUUUACAAGCCAGAGGGUGGCAAUUACACAACAUUGAGAGGGAAAUGCCAAAUCGAAGAUCGUGAGGAAAUAAACAGAGACAUAGAACAUCAUGUAGCAGAUCAAAUAUUGUCUAAUAGAGACUGGAAAAAUGUCAAACGAUGCCUUGAAAACAACUAUUCGGAUCAAGAAAGUCCACGUGUUGAACAGCUUUGUAAGUAAGUAACUUUUGUUGCUCUACUUCAAAUGACUUUGAUUUAUUUCAGAGUUUGUAUUUUUGCAAAUUUCAGGCAAUUAUUUUGUUUCUCAAUCAGAUGAUAUUUUGAUUUAUUUGCAUGCAUGUCAACUAUAGUGAUAACAUUUUAUAGUAAGGGACCAACUUAACUUGUAAAAGCCAUAAAUUAAGGCAAUACUAUGAACAAAAAUUUUGAAAAUAAAACUACAAUGUUUUACUUUAAUAAUAAUUAAAAAAUAUUUGAAAAAAAUGUAUUUUGCAGCAGUUCAUGAUACAAAAUCUGUGCAAAGAUUUCUCAGUUUCAAAGUGGAUAGUGUACACCAGAUGUGUGACAUAUGACUGAUUAUUUCAAAAUGUAUCUGAUAGUUUUUUAUGUCUCUUAAAAAAUGAUGAUGGAUCAACUUUUCACAAAAUGUAUAUACUUCAAUGAAAAUAUAACAAUAAAAUUGUGAAUGACUACCCCGAACAAAUUGACAUGUAAAUAUUUAUUACAACCAUAAGGAUAUAAGAGCACUAGCAGACAGAAGAGGGAGUGGGUGGCACUUAUAUUGGGGAAGCAUUAGGGGUUCACUGCAUUGGGGGGAAAAAGUUUUUUUUUUUCUAGAUAGACCUGUUUACUCUUACAAUUUUGGCUUACAAUGUACGAUUUUGAGGUGUUUACACAAUAAAUAUAUUGUAUGUUUAUUUUUUACUAUUAAGAAAAUGUAUUGAACGAUUUUGUGAUGAUAUUGUACGAUUUUAAGAGUUUGAGGGCAAACAGGUCUGAGAUAGUACAAAACACCCUGUAUGGCUGUAUGGUCAAAUAUUCUUCUUUUGAGACCACUGAAAUUGAUGUGCUAUUAAUGCAAACAUGACAUUGGGAAAACAAUGAAACAAUUGUAAUUAGUUAGUUCAUUUGACUGACAUCAUACAUUUAGGUUUUGUUCUAAAAUAGUCUGAUAAAGUAAAAACAAAUAAGUUUGUCUAGUGAAACAUAUGUUCCACCUGGUAUAUUUAUAUUUAAGAAACUACUUUUUUUAAAAAAAAAGGUUGGCAUACAGACGGAAACAAAUAUGCAAUAAUACUGGUCCAUUGGUUCACAAGAGGGUAGAGGAUUUCUUCAACGAACAAAUCAAGAUAAUGAGAUGCUCCUGCAAAAGUUUAGCUACAGAUACCACUUGUAAGUAUGAUUCUGAGUUUUGUUGGCAGCUGUGUUUUAGAAAGUUAACAUCUGUCCAUGAUUUUGUUGUUAAUUUCUUAAACAAGCUAUAUAUGUCAAUAUAUUCUUAAUUUUGACACGCAAUUUAAACAUUUAACAAAGUGAUGGUUACUAUUUUUUAUUAGGUGAUCAUUAUUUUUAUUUUGAAAUGAGAAAUUACUAACAUUUUAAACUAUAUAUUCUAGAAUACUUUAAAAAGUUCACAUGCAAUUAAAACAUUAAGGGGACUUUUUUUCAGCAUUGAAAUUUUUAGAAAUAUGUAAAAGUUUCUAGAAAAUACACGGUUAAAAUGUUAGUAAUUUCUCAUUUCAAAAUAAAUAAUACUGAUCACCUAAUAAAUAGUAACAAUAACAACCACUUUGUUUAUUCUACCAGUAAAUUCAGUAUCAAUUUCUAUUGCCUAUUGCUAAUAAACCUCAACUCAAAAACACAAAACUGAAUCUCCCUUUGAUUUCUUUCAGCUGAUGCAGGUGGUGAUGAAUCUGAGAUUUCAACAGGAGUCUGGAUUGGAUCUGGAGUUGGCAUUUUAAUAUUUUUGAUCAUUGUGUUUUCUCUCCUGUUUUUAUGCUAUAGACGGAAGCAUAAAAAAAGGUACUGUUUUUUAAAAAUAAAUAUAACGUUAUAUGACUCAAAAUCUAAUGUUAAAAUGUUUAUUUUAAUUUUGUCUGAGGUGUAAACAUUGUUAACUCUUUUAUUAAUAUAUUGCAAUUGUCACAAAUGUUUUCUGAAGUGAUCUAGAUUAUGACACUGGCACAAUUUUUUUCAAAAAGUGUAACGAACAGCAAGUCAUGUCAUAGUAUUUACUGUAUAUUACAGCAUAUAACUUGAUGCGAACCCCUAAAUUUUUGUUUGAAAAAAUCCCUAAAAUGCCAUGUCCACAUAUAAUGCAAUCUGCAUCUUGUUUCGUAACAUUAAUUAUACAUAACAAAUUUAUGAAAGAAAUAAUUAUUUUAAAAUAAGUAUGUCCAAUUAUCAAAAUAUUAAAAUUGAACUUUGAUCAUACCAAUUCAACUAUGCAAAUAUCCUUUCAAUUUCAAGGAAUACUGCUUAUAUUAUUGACUUUAUGCACAGAUAUGAUGCACACUCAUUUGCCGAAUGCCAAUGGGUGAAGUACCGAAGAUUUGGUUGCUUAAGCAUUAGUAGGCCUAAUAUCAAUUAAUGAAAACUUGCUUACACUUACAGACAUGUGUAUUUAUAAAGUGAACCCUUGACUUUAGAUUGCAUUUUUAACCUAACUUUAUCUUAUUAUAUGUGGUACUAUAUGGUAAUACAAUCAAUAUAGAUAUAAGUUAAAUGGAUUUUGUCAUAAGAUAACUCACAAAAACAAAGCAAUCUCGACUACCUGCAGUAAUCAUCUUAACAGUAACAGGUAACAGCCUACAUAUUUUUCCUUUGAAAAGCUUUCUUACUUUAUGUAAAACUUUUCAGAAUCCACUUUUGGUAUUACUGCUUUAGACUUCUCAUUGUCUUAGUUUACUUACCAAAUAAGUUGCAAUUUUCCUUAUAGAGUCUAAUUUUCUAGUCCAUGAACACUGAACAGACUCAAGUAAGCUGGACAUUAAAAUAUGAUGAUUAGCCCGGAUAUUAAAAACACUCUGAGAUUCCCCCCCCCCCAAUCUUCACCUUAAACUAACUACUUCUACUGAUUGAAUAUUCUGGAAACCCUCACCCGAAAUUGUUAUGAAACUUCUAUCAUUUCCCACAUGCCACGGUCAGGUGAUUUUACCUCCUACUGCAGUGCGUUCCAAUCUGCGUAUCGCGAACCCAUUUUAAAUGGCCCACAACAGCUUAAGAACUUUUUAUGUGUGUAAAAAAAGUAAAAUUUCAUGGUGAAAAUAUUUUUGAAUGACAUUUUUGGGAAAUCACAUGAAAGCAGAGGAGAAGUUGCAACAUGUAUAAGAGGGAGUUCACAAAAUCUAAGGAGUGGGGCCACAGUUAGUUGUAAUUUAUGUUUAACACAUUAGCUGAACAACCAUUCAGGAACGUGGGGUGACAUGAAAUUUAAUAAUGUCAUCUCCUUCUUUCUACUGCUUGUACAGGGGAAACAUCGAUGGAUAUCGGGUAUAAUUACUAAAGGCAUUGGGAAUUUGGAAACCAAAAGUAGCUUUAUGUGUACUAGUGUAGCUACUUGGUCAUCGUAAAAGUGUCGUGGCCUCCACCAAUAAGGCCAAUUUAGAUGAAAGUUAAUGACUUCGCUUUUUAUGAUGAUCAUAAUAAUAACAUAGGAAGGUCUUGAGGUCAGAGUAAUCAUAAUAGGAGUUGUGGUACUAAAGGUGUCACAAUCACUACAGUGGGCAGUGUGGACCAUUUUAUGGUGCCAUGAUUCAUAACAGGUGGUCUAGCCAAGUAUGGGAAAGUAUGUGUCCAUCCUGUAAUUUUGUAAUGUUGGGGACAAUUAUCUGGUAUUCAGAGAUUGGAGUAUGAGAUUGGAAUAUGAGAUUGGAGUAUGAGAUUGGAAUAUGAGACGUUCAAUGAGUAGAAAGCAGGAUACACGCUGUUUUAGUUAGUGCAAUUCAUUCAGUUAAGAAUUGUGAGAGACAGUGGGAAUGAUUCUUGAACAUUUUUUUAAUAAACAAAUCUAAGAAAGUGUGGUAAAAUUAAUUCUGGAUGACAUACGUUUCAUCUGAUGAAUUCCACAACUAUAAAACUGUUUAAAAAAAAUUGACAUUGUUUUGGAAGCACCUAAUUAAGUGAAACUGGAUUCUUUUUAAGGACUAACAUUAAUGAGUCCAGAAAAUAUAACGCUUUGACUGGUGAACGUUUAGAAAAUCUAAUGAGGCAAGUGCUACUGAAAACUACCUCAAAUUAAGAAACAAAGUACAAAUCAAAGCCAAAUUUAUCAUUAAAUUAUUGCAAUUGUUUUUAUUCACUUUAUUUAUAUUCUUGAUGAGGCUAUAGUGUUGUUGCAUAUAUGAUUUUUUAUGCAUAUGGAAAGAAACAUUAAUAAUGUGAAUGAUUGUCUAACAAAAUAAAAAAAUAAUUCUCUUGAGAUGUCAUGUACGGCUCACAGCUUUGCAGAAUUUUUUUUAUUUUGACCCACUGAGUCAAAAAGGUUGGACAGCACUGUCUUGCAGUCAGUGUCUCUGAAAAAAAAAUGUCAAUAAUUUUACAUUCAGAAUUUGGUCAAGUCAUAAUUUCUAAGAAAAAAGGUGGUUACUGUAUAUACUCGCAUAAAUAAUAUAGGUCACACUUUUUUUAAAACCAAAAGUUUUGAAAAAAAUCAGGGGUGUGACCUGUCCACUAUUUCGCUUUCUCUCAUUCAGUGUGAAGUAGUCAUUUAUAUAAUUUUAAUGUUUUUAAAUGUUCAUUAUAAUCACAUAGUUUGACUACUGCUUGUCAGUUGUUACAGAUACAUAUUUAUCAUGUCUGUUUAACAAUUAUCGGUUACAUUUACAUUUAAAAGGGCCAUGUAACUCCACAAAUUAAUGGUGCAACCUAUAUACUGCAGGUGCGACCUAUAUAAUGCAGGUGAGACCUAUAUUCGGGAAUAUAUGACAAUAAAAAUGUUCCUGUCACUUGACUUACCUUAGAGUGUAUCACAACAAGACAUAAAUAAUAUACUGUGACUUUUUCAGUUUGAAAAAACGUGGUCCUAACGUCAUCUACAUGCCAGCACCCAACUCAGAUACUCCAGUGUAUCAGGAAAUCUUUGAUGCUAGGGUGAGUGAAAACAUUUUGUUCAAAGACAAAUAAUAGAAUAUCAUUACUUUGAAAACAUAAAAUUCAAUACAUUUGUGAAUUACACUUGGAGACGUGUUAAAUCUAAGCCUAGUGAGAUUUAACACAUUGCAGACCAUGGCCACCACAGUGUUAUGCGAUAUUUUAUCAGUUCAGAAAUAUAAGACAAGAAUUAUGUUAAAUAUGCUAAGUAACUAUAAAAUCACAGCACUUUUUUCUGCUUUAAUAUUAAAAUAUUAUUCUUAAGAUGUACAAUAUUGUAUUUCAUGCUAUUUGAUAUACAUAGGGCUACUGCCCAUCUCCGGCUAACAACCCACCAUCCUUGCCAAACCGGUAUAUUUCAUCACCUACCUAUGGUCAACAGGAUGAUCCAACUUAUUUAGAGCCAGUUACAGCAGGAAUGAAAUACAGGUAAUGGCUUAAAAGUUAAGUUUCCAAUAUAUAAUACCUGUUGAUGGGUUAUACUAAUUACAAACUGGGAAUUGGGUUGCUUCAAUUCAUUCUGCUUCGUGGAUUCAUAUUUUCAAUGUUAUAGCCUGUGUGUUGACCUAGUUUUUGUUCAUCACGAGCCAUGGCAGGCAACCUUACCUCCCCCUUUGUUUUUAAUGUCACCAAUUAACUCUGCCACUCUUUUCAACCACUGCCCUUGAUGUGAUAGUUUGUUUAUGUUUACAGAAGGGGCUACUGAAUUUCUAGACCUUCUGUUGUGGAGGGUUCUGACUCCCUCACUAUAAAUAGAUAGUGGACUGUGACCAGCAGAAAUUUAUUAGACUUACAGGAGUCCUACAAGACUUAGAUUUUUCACUAUGUGGGUAGCUUAAUAUUUGUACCGUUAUUAUACUUUUUUACUUGCUGUAAGUUUAUUAAGUAGUUAUUUCUGUAAAUUUGAUUUUGUAAUUGUUUAUAUUCUUAGUAUACUAGUACUGGUUUUCAGUGCUUGUUACAUAUUGCUCAUCAAACAAGCCUAAUCUGAAACCAUAUAAUGGUACCUAACACGGAGAAAUCAUAGUGUACAGAAAUUUUUAUGUACAGAUUUUAUCAGCUUUAACACUGGUUUAAAAACUAUUUCACAUAAUCUUUGACAGUUUUCAUAUUUAUAUAAAAUGUUCUUCCUUUCCCCUAACUAUUUACUUCACAUUUUCUAUCAAUUCAGGCAUUGUUAUUAAAAAUUACUUUAUACUAGCUUUUAUUUUAAUACUAAAAUUGUAGCAACCUUAAAAAUAACAAGACAUGACAUUUUCUUGGCAGUAAAUAAUGCAUCAAUGGUGAAUAACAAUAUAUAUUUUUCAGAAGCAUAAUUUAUCAUAUAUUUGUCUAAACUGAAAUAUGUUUUUCUCCAGACCUAAACCACCAGUACCUGGACAAGCCAGUAAUCCUGGUUACGGAUCUCCACCUCGGUACAGUGAAUGUGAAAAGGACUCGCCUACUGCUGAGGAUAUUGACAAUGGAUAUUUUAAUCCACUUCCCAGCCCAAACAAAGAUGCAGGUGUGCCCAAGGCGGAAAAUAAUGGAUACGAGACAAUAGAAGCAUCUCGUUUGUCUAUUCCCUUGGAAGAUGCCCCCAAACCUGAGGAUAUUCCCCUGGGACCUGUUCCUGCGAGAAGAACAAAAAAGGAUGACAGACAAGUCGAGUCAAAUUAUUUUGUAUUGGAAAAAGAUGGCGUCGGCAAUGAAGGAAGGAACACUGCAUAAUAAAAUUUCAAAAGCAAAUAGGAUAAGAUAUUUUUAUUAGUUAACUAAGAACAUUUGUUACCCCAGAUCUCUUGUUGCUGGAUUUUUAAAAGGGUUUAUUUAAUUUUUAGCUCAUCAUUUUUAGUAAGAUUAUUGUAAGUUUAUGUCUAUCAGAAAAGUUUUUAUAUUUUUACAAUCUUAUGCAUUAAAAGCAUUCGCAUAAGAUAAUUUUAUCAGCAUUUUGUACUUCAUUUAUACAUUUUUGACAGUGUAGCCACUUCACCUUAUUUUUUUUCCAAAUUAAAAAAUUAAAUAAAAACACUGUGACAUACAGGAGACACAUAUAUUAGUUAAAGAUACCCUGUAACCCCGCUACACACAAACUCUAAUCUUAUACAGGUGCGGCAUGGCUUCCAAAUAUUUAUAAAUUCAUUUUCACAUGAAUUUUUUUUUUUUUCAAACUACUGAUAAAAACGGAUAUUGAAAAAAUUGUUUUAAAAAAUGAUAUACUUUUGCGACGGUACAACACAAUUAAAAAUCCACUAAAAUUAUUCCAACUUCAACACUACAUAGCUCACUUAAGCACUAAAGUUUAAAAAAUCUGUAUUUUUUUCUUCUUAAAACAAGAUCUCCCACAUUUCUACUUAUUACAUAUCCCAGCACCAUUCACAUGGAAUAAUAUUGUAGAACCAUGCAUUUACUUGACAUAGCUAAUAACACUCUCUUAUUUAAUGAUUCCCAAUUAUCACGUAACAGUGAAUAUUCACUAUAUGGUUGACUAAGUAUACUUUGUAUUUCAACAGCAAUCCUAAGAUGUUUUGGGCUUAAAAGGUCAGGUUUUUUAGUCUUAUGUCCUCUCAUGCUGUAGAGUGCAGUUUUUAUAAUCCACAUGUAUAUGAAGUCCUGCUGUAAAUGUAGCUGUUGUACCCAGAUCUGUCUGCAACUCCUUCUGAGUACUUCUUCAAUGCCUUUAACUUCAAUUUGGAGGAAGUUGAUCAUCGUUUUAGAGGGGAAAAUGCAUUUAGCUUUUAUGCUCAUAUAAUUGCAGAUUUUUGCUUGCUUAAAAUGAAGUGUCACAGCAUUACCCUUCUCAUUUAGAUACUAUAUGUAAAGUGUGAAGUAUUUUUCCUUUUUUCUAUAUAAUAUAAAGAAUUGUAGCAUUAUUAUCCCCUGACACUGUGACUUCACUUUUAUUUGUGUGUGAGUUUUUAAGAUUAUACAGGGUUUAAGAUUAUUAUAUUAAGAUUAUAUCUGUAUAGCUGGUUUCAUAAAGCUUCCUCUAACUGAUCACAUUCAUGUAUAUAGAGUAGUAAUGACAGAAAAACUUAGCAACUGUAUCGGUGUUAUAUAAAAUAAUGCUUGCUUGUGAACCACCUCAAGUGGAGUUUUUUGUUAGUCCUUUACUUACAUAAAUACACAUUUUCUUUAUAUGUUAAUAUCCUCUUUCUGCUAGUCAGAGAAACAAUUUAAUAUGGAAAUAAAGUUGUCCACAUAUGAGAGUUGGAUGAGGUUCUCCAUGCUCAAUUAUUAAUAGUGUAUAGCUAAAAGUCAUCAUUGGCAGAAACUGACAGAUGAAUGUUGGCAAAUAAUUUGUUUAGAUAUAUAUGAGAUAUACACGUCAUAAAUUUCGUCAAGUGAUCAGAGAUAGGAGCCAGAAUGAUCAAUUCAUUGAUCUUGGGCCUUCAAAAUAAAGAAGAAGAAGAAGAGAUGUAGUUGUAAAAAUAGUACUAGACCACGUAACAAACUACAUCAGGAUGACAUCAAAGUUUUGUUGUCAAUUCAUUCAGCUACACAAUGGAGUGUCAAAGUUGUUAACGCAGUGUUUAAUAUUAUUAGGCUCAAGUGUCUCCCCAUUAAAAAAUAUAUUAUACAACAGAGAUGUCAUUUUCCUACAUUAGGGUUUGUUCAGAUAGAGGCAUACAAAAAUAUUAAAAAAUAAAUUUAGCACCUGGACACCAUACAAAAGUAUAAACAAAACACCAUUGCUACUGAUCAUUCAGAUUUGGUUUUAAUUGAAGUCAUUAUAAUACAAAAUUUCUGUCAGUUUAUAUCGACAUUUUAUAAAGUUAAAAAAUUAUUUUUCAUGUAAACUACAUAUUUUUUCAAAUGGAUGUCUUUUUUUUUUUCAAAUACUGCACACAUCUUUUUAAUCGAAGUGGCUAUUCGGACCCUGGUCCGCAAAGUGAGAGGUUGUGAUUAAAAUUUAAAAUAAAAUAUUAUUGUUAGGUUGUAAGACUAAAUUUGGUAUCAAAUGAAAGAUAAUUGAAUGGACUAUAUGUUUGUAAACUUACUUCUUCAGUUUAACUAAAAUAAACUACCACAAAUGACAUCCGAAUAGCUUGAGUCUAAUGGGACUCGGGUCCGAAUAGCGGCGAUGGGUUUCCUGUUCCAUUUUGGCUAAUUCUAUUGGGAUGUCAUUUGUGGUAUUUUAUUUUAGUUAAAAUGAAGAAGUAAGUUAACAAAUAUAAAGUCCAUUCAAUUAUCUUUCGUUUGAUACCAAAUUUAGUCUUACAACCCUACAAUAAUUUUAAAAUAUUUUUUAAUAAACCCAAACUCUCAACCGGUCCGAAUAGCCGCAUCCCUUUUUAAUACCCAAUUUGUAAAAUGUUGAAUUUAUUAUUUUAAGAAACAAAAAUUUGUUUAUGCACCUUUUUAUUAUUGUUUUUUUUUUUACUAUUUCUCUUAACGAUUUCCCCUCAAUGGCAUGUAUAUUCGACUGGAGACCAAAAAAGUGCAAAUGAACUAAGUCACACACCAACAUAGAUGGGACAUUGUUAUAUUUUUUAUUAUGUUAGGUUAGAACCCCAAAUUAUAAUAUGUUUUUAAAAAAUAAAACACUACCUUAUUGCCAAAAUUUUGCAAUAAAAUUUAGUAAUAAUUUUUACAGCUCAGUUAAAUAUAAGCCUUUUAAGUCCAGAUUGCUUAUAUUUAGUUUGGCCAAUGAAAUAUCAUCUCUUUAUUUAUUAGAUCAGACUUUUCCAUGUUUAUUAUCAUAUUUACUGCAUUCUCCCAUUUAACAAUUGGUUCUUACUGAAUUAUAACAAAUGAACUGUACAUUUUUAAUAUUACAUUAUGUGAAAGACAAAUGUACCGGUACAUGAAAAACACUUAUAUUCAUUAAACCUUAGAAUAUAAUAAUGGUUUGUAUCAUUGAACAAUCAACCCUUUUCACAAUGCAAUGAAGGCCACAUUGUCUUCAGAGCUUUGUUACAUCGAUGCAAUAAAUAAACUAAAACUGAAACUAAUUUUUCCCCAUAAAAAAAAAGAAAUCUUAUGUUCCUACAUUAAUUUGUGGAAAGUGCUGCAAGAACUGCCACUACUCUAGAGUCAACUCUAAAACCACUAAAACAGGUGCAGAUGGGUCGUUACAGCUACACCACCAUGUCUUGAAGCAUAGAUAGAUGCAAGUGUAGAUGAUAGUUUAAUUUGUUUAAUAAUCACAAAAAACUUCCAUCAUAAUAUGAAAAAAAUAUUGACUGAACAUAUUAAUCUACUUGAUAAGCAAGUAGAUAAUAAUUGAAGGACUGCAUUCAAGCUAUGUGAAUGGAAUAGUAAAACAAGGUGUGUUGAAGCUUGAAUCAAAAGAUGUGAAUGUUUCGGCUUAGAGCCUUCUUCAGCGAACAAGACAAAUAGAAGGUAAGACAAGAUAAGCAAGUCCAUUGUCAAUCAUUUCAUCAGAAUCCACUACAGCAGUGGUCCCGAACCCUUUUUUUGCCGGGGACCUGUCAACGUUUGAUAGUUUUACCGCUGCACGCUGGGGG